GCCCCUGCAAGCCCUGCCCCCGCCGGGCCCGCCGCCGGUGCCGUCGGUGCCGCCGCCGCCGCCGCCGCCGCCGAUAUGGCGCGCACGGCCCCUGUGGAGCCCCCGCUGCGGCCUCCCGCGCCCCCCUCGCCGGCCGCAGGCGAGCCCCGCACCUCGGUCGAGGCAGCGGUGGCCCCGCGGAGGGUGCUCUUCGCCGACGAGGCCCUGGGGCUGCCGCUGGCGCAGCUGCGCUGCUACCGGCCGUGGGGCGGGCCCGGGGCGGGCAAGAUGGCGGCGGCGGCCGGGCAAGAUGGCGAUGGCGGCGGGGCGGAGGAGGACGACGAUGGCGAGGAUGGGGAUGAAGGGGAGGAGGAAGAGGAGGCUUGCUCCGAGCCCUCGACGCUGUGCCCCGUGCCCGCUGGAGGGGGGUUUUACCUGGUGCCCACAUUUUCGCUGCCGCCCGCGCCUGGCCGUCUGGAGCGCUUGGGGCGCGUCAUGGUGGAGCUGGAGGCGCUGCUGCCGCCUCCCGGCGCGGUCCCCGGGGGUGCCGGGGUGUGGGUGCCGGGGGGGCGGCCGCCGGUACUGCGCGGGUUGGUGCGCGUGCUGAACCGCUCCUUCGAGAAGGCGGUGCACGUGCGGGCCUCGCACGACGGCUGGGCUUCCUUCUGCGACCACCCAGCGCGCUACGUCCCGCGCAGCCCUCCGGGGGCAGGAGCAGGAGGACCUGGAGCAGGCGAUCCGGUCCUGGAACCGGCGCUUGGCCUGCGCCCUGGCCAGGUGGCCGCCUCCUCGCCCGACGACGGUGGCCGCACUGACCGCUUUGCCUUCCAGCUGCCCUUUGCUGAGGGCGCGGGCGAUGGGGCGCGCCUGGACUUCGUGGUGCGCUAUGAGACCCCCGAGGGCACGUUCUGGGCCAACAACCACGGCCGAAACUAUACAGUCCUGCUUCGGAUCGCACCCGCUCCCACACCCACUGAUGCCGAAGGGCUGCCGCAGCAGCAGCAGCUGCAGCAGCUGGAGCCACAGCCCGAGUGCCAGGGUCCAGUGGAGGCUGAGGCCAGGCAGCUGAAGAGCUGCAUGAAGCCAGUGAGGCGCAGACCUCAAGAGGAAGAGCUGAGGAUGAGGAACUUGGAUGAUAACACCCUUCCUGUGGCAGGGUGUUCUGAUGUCCAGGAGAUAGUGGGUCCCUUGGUGGCCCCUACCCCUCUCCGUCCGUGGCCCCAGAUGACACUUCAGGUGUCUGAAGUAGUGACAGAGACUGGCAGUCCCCAAGAGGAAGAUGACACCCCCAGAAGCACUCCUCCUGUGACUUUCACAGAGGUCCUCCAGACACCAGCCAUCCGGAUUCUCCCCUCCUCCUCCUCUUCUCACUCCUCCUCCUCUGUCUGUGGCCUGGGUGGCUUUCCCAAGGACCAGGCCUCUGGGCCAGAUGCAGGUGAAGGGGCAGUCGGGCCUUUCCUGGAACCCCGCCAGCAACAGGUGGUAGCCCCGUGGGAAGUCUCCAGCGAGAAUGCAGUGGGACCCAAGGAUACCCCGGCUGGGAUCAUCACGGAGGAGCCCCCUGCGGGUCUGGCGGUCAUGAGUGGGCUGGAGGAGCUGCUUGGUGAGGACACGAUUGACCAGGAGCUGGAGCAGCUCUACCUGUCCCACCUGAGCCGCCUGCGGGCCGCCGUGGCAGGAGGUUGUGGGGAGGGCUCCAGCGAUGGGGGAUUGUCCCCUAGCCACCCCCUGGGCAUCCUCACGGACCGCGACUUGAUCCUGAAGUGGCCUGGCCCUGAGCGGGCCCUGAACAGUGCUCUGGCAGAGGAGAUCACCUUGCACUACGCCCGGCUGGGGAGUGGUGUGGAGCUCAUCAAGGACACAGAAGACCCUGAUGAGGAGGGGGAGGGAGAAGAGGGGCUCUCCCUGAUAUCUUCUAGCCCCGAAGGAGACACCCCCAAGGAAUCACCUCCGGAAAUCCUCUCUGGGGCCCAUCCGAUGGUAGCGGCUAUGGGAGAUGUGUGGCUCCCGUGGGCCGAGGGCACGGGAUGCGACAGCCCUUUGGUUUUGGGUACAGAAGUUCAGUUCACUGAGGCGCCACAGAAGGGGUUGGGUAAGGACACUGACUCUUUUCACAUGCCUGGGAUGACAUUUGGGGUGACCAAUUCCCCAGGGGAGGCUGGGACAGAUUGGAGGGGGUUUACUACUGAGGGAGCAGGCAGCUUGGUCCCAAAACCUGGUGAGGAGCCAAUUGCUCCAGCCCCCCGGGGGCAAAACCUUCCCCUCCUUGGCCCUUUGGGGCUUGAGGUCUGUCCUUCCAGCUUGGUCAGGCCCCAUGGGAGCUCCCAGGAUGUGGAGGGUUCAGGCCCAACCGUGGAGCCCCCCAAGAGUUCUCCCACCCCAGCAGCCCAUGGUGAAUGUGUGUGUAUUGUGCCUCCCCAGCUUCGAGGACCCUUGACCCAGACUCUGGGGGUCCUGGCUGGGCUGGUGGUGGUUCCUGUGGCUCUGAACAGUGGUAUGUCCCUCCUGGUGCUUGCACUGUGCCUCUCUCUGGCCUGGUUCUCAUAGGGACUGCUUGUGGGAUCAGCAAUAGGAGGCUUCCCCCUCUCUGGGGUCUGGUGAGGGACAGCCUUUGUACCACCUCCAGAGGGAUUAGAUGGGGGGUCAUGGCCUGUACAUUGGGGAUCAGCGUAUUUUGUUUCCGAGAAUGCUCAACUGGAAAGAGGACCGCCUAUCCCUGAACUCUCCAUCAGUACAGCGUUCCCAGUGGUGCCACUGUUGGAGAGGAACAGGAGUCAGGUGGACAGUGUGCGUGAGAAGAACUUCCAGAACGGAACUGGGCAUGUCCCCCCUCCCUGCUCUCCCCUCCCCCCAAGCCUCUAUUUAUUUUUGUAUAAUUCUCUGGAUGAGGGAGAGUGGUCAUGAGCUGGUCUUGGGGCACAAUUACCCAGAGAUAUAUUUAUUAACAGCCAACCUGUGCAACCUGCUGGAGCUUUAUUUUUAAUUUAAUUUAUAUAGAGUACCUAUUAUUAUAUGCCACAAUAGAGCUCUAUGAUAAAUGAUGUG